CUCCCUUGUUUAGGUUAAGUAUUCUGUCGUCAAACUUCAGGGGAUCUACGAAUCGUAGAAAACCCUAGUUCGAGGGUUUUGCAGACGCGAAUUUCUAGUUGCUUCAUUUAUUGAAGAUUUUGGGGUUUAAAACAAUUUUUGCGUAAAAACCCUAACGAUCCUCUGUUUUUAGGUAGAACCCCCUUAUAAUUCUUCGAAGAAUUUUGAGUCAUAUAGUUCGUUACAGACGAGAUUGAGCAAUGUCACGGUGCUUUCCUUACCCGCCUCUGGGGUAUCUGAGGAAUGGAGCGCGUGGUGAGGCCGUGAGCGAAUCAAUUAAGAUCCAAAGUGAAUGGGGGAAGGCCAGAACAGAACAUGAUAAAAGGAAAAAGGAGAAGAAAGAGAGGAAGAAAGAGAAGAAAGAAAGGAAGAAGAGUAGAAAGGAAAACAAGGAAGACACUUAUAUUGCGGAUAGAUGUAACCAACAAGAUAAAAGGCUACCUUCAAAGGUGCAAGAGGAGGAAGCUGAAAGGAGUGGUUUGACAGAAGAACAUGAUCAACCUGUAUGUUCACAGAGCCUUUGCUACUCGCCUGACAGUACUCGGAGCAGCGACAAGAGAAAAAGGGAUGACUUGUCAUAUAAUAUCACCAAAAGUUCUGGGAAUAUUAUUCGGAUUAGGCUGCCAUUACAAAAGCAUAGAGAGGUUGAUGCAUCUACUAGUGGAGAGCAUGUGCGUUCGUCUUCUAGGAAGUCAGAUUUUCUCGCACAGAAGCAAAUUAUUACUGUUCCUGAUAAAGAACAGCCUAGCUCUAUCAAUUCAAAGACAGGCAUCAAUAUUUCGGAUCCAAUUGUCACACCUUGUGCUAAUUUGGAAGCCGACAAGGAUUCUGUUCGUAAGCGUGUCAUAACUGCUUCUGGGGUUUCCUCACGUGUGAGGGGGGUACAGAAUGCAGAAUCACUAUACAAAGAUUUGCUUGAGGAUUGGGUUCCACUGCCACUUGGAUGUGAUCAAAACAAUAUUGGUGAUCAAGAAUGGCUUUUUGGUACGAAAAAGCAAGAAAAACACAAAAGAUUAAAGUCUCAAUGCGAUGAACCAUGUCAUGGAAGUUCUACUCUUUGGCCAUGUGCUCGCUACUUGCCAGAAGCUGAGGUCUAUGCGUUACCGUAUACAGUUCCAUUUUAAUGCUAACCAUUUGUCAGGAAAUUUUGCAGAGUUAGUUGUUUAGGGUGGCCAAUUUUUUUUUUUAUUGAUUGGUGCCACCUGACGGAUAUUAGAUUGGCAGAUAGGUAGCGCAGGAUGAUGAGAUUGGCAGGGAUGACUUGCAAUCGUGUACAGCAACAGUUGUUUUAACAGAUCUGUUUGGAAAAAAUUAUUAACUGACUGUUACUUUUCAUGAUUUUACUAGUGUACUUUAAUAUUUUCUGGAAUUGUUUAAAUGCGUUGUUUUUCGGCUA